AAUAAAAAAUAAUAAUAUUACUAUUUACUAUUUAGUCUGUAUUUUAUUAAUUUGGCACUUGCUAGUUUGCUUUAUAAGAAAUUUUUACUCUCAUCUAAAUAAGUAAUAUUUAAUAUAAUAUAAUUGCAAGAUUGACUCGUCUAGAGGGACUGUUGUGACUUGCGAAUCGCAUUAAUCGCAAGCUGCUAUGCCAAUGUGUACAACGACGUAGUAUUGCAAAGAUCAUUUUUUAUUAUACACGUUUUCGAUCGAACACAAAUCAUGUCGUUUCAGGAUCCAACAUUUGUCGGCGACACUCCGGAGUUCCAAUACAAACGUACAAAUCUGUUCGCCGUGCUGGAUCAAGCAGAAAAGGAUUUGGAGUCAAAAAUUAAAAAAACCUCAACAGCUGACGCACAUGAAAUACUUAACGGACGUGUGGAACGUAGAACUGGUCGUUCGCUGACUAAACAGUUUCGAGGCAAAGACAGUCUAUUUGUCAAACCAGAAAUACCGCCAUGGCGCAUAAUUGAAAAACUCAGACCACCAGAUUUCAAAUUGCAUCCACAUAAAUGGACUAAGUAUUCGUUGGCUGAUGUGAACGAGAUGAACGACAAAAGCAAUGCAGCUGCUGCAUUUGCUUUUCUAAAAGAAAUGCACAGAAAAUGUAAAGACGGCGAAAACGAUAAUGAAGAAGAAAAGAAAAUUGUAUUCAAAAGAACCCUGAGGUCCAACGAACCAGAAAUAAAACCAAGUUUUAAAAGUACUAAACUGGUCAUGCCAGAAUAUGAAUUUGGAAAAAAGGUCCAGAAGAAAAAAAGUAGACCGGAACCUACGACAAAUAGAACUACUUCUAAUAAAGAAAUUAAACUUGACCAUUUAAUGGAAGAUGAAAUUGAUGAAUAAUUCUUGUACAAACUGUAAAUAUUUGUUAUAUAAAUAAUUUUAUAGUAGUUUUAUCAAUAUAUCUUAAACUAAACCCCUAUUAAUAUUGAGAAAAUUAAUUUGUUUAUUAAAAAUAUAAAAACCCACUUAAGUGUAAGAAUAUAUAUAUUUAAUAAAUGAUUAUCAAUUCUAUAAC